GACUACAUACACUCUAGUCUUCACUUCGUUUUCAUAAAAGAGUCUUUCGUAUGACCAAAGAGCCACUUUCAUUUUCAAGGAUAAUAAUAAAUCGAUAAAAACUAGGGUUUCACAAAGAUCGUGAUGAAGAAGAGACAGAUGGUAAUAAAACAAAGAUCACAAAUCUCUAACACGUCGUCGUCUUGGACUACUACUACUUCAUCGGCGAUCAGUAACGUCCGUUACGUGGAGUGUCAAAAGAAUCACGCUGCUAACAUCGGAGGCUACGCCGUUGACGGUUGCCGUGAGUUUAUGGCCUCUGGCGAUGCAGGAACCGAUGAAGCUUUGAGAUGCGCCGCUUGUGGUUGUCAUCGAAAUUUUCACCGGAAGGAAGUCGAUACGGAGGUUGUUUGUGAGUACUCUCCACCUAACGCUUGAUUUUUCGAGGAUUUGUUUCUCUGUGAUUUGGAUUUAUCGAUUUAUCAAAGGUGAAUGAUAUAUAUAUUUGUGUAUCAUUAUUGAUGUGUAUUGUAUAUUAAAAUAUUGUAUAUACAUGGUUCUGUUUGUGAUAUUAAAAAUAAUGUAUAUAGUGGAUCAUAAUAUAAUUAUUAUAUAUGAAUAGUGGCAUUUGCGACA